AUGAAGGGUAAGAUCACGCUGGGUUUGAGCACUUUAACGAGAUUUCGUUCUGAUUCUGCACACGAAGACACGCCCACUCUCAAGACGAGCACCAUGGCCACCGACUCAAAUCACAGAGUCGACGAAGAAACCCCCUUGCUCCACGACGCCAGGCCACGACCAUCCUCCAAGCGGACACCACUACCCAAACUACAAAUUGCGAUCGUCUUACUCCUCCAGAUCUGCGAGCCUAUUACUAGUCAAUCCAUAUUUCCCUACAUCAACCAGCUCAUCAGCGAACUCGACAUAACUGGCGGAGAUGAGCGCAAGGUUGGAUACUAUGCUGGUCUAAUAGAAUCUCUCUUCUUCGCCACAGAAGCGUUGACUGUUCUUCAAUGGAGCCGAGCCUCUGACCACGUCGGACGCAAACCCGUCCUCCUCAUUGGCCUUUUUGGCAUCGUGUUAUCUAUGCUGUUCUUCGGACUUUCUCGCACUUUCUGGAGCUUGGUCAUAAGCCGCUGUCUGACCGGACUGCUAAACGGAAAUAUCGGGGUCAUGAAGAGUGUUAUGGGCGAACUCACAGAUCCCACAAAUAGAGCAGAAGGUUUUUCACUGAUGCCUGUGGUGUGGGGGUUUGGAGCCACGAUGGGGCCUCUACUAGGAGGUACAUUGUCAAAACCACAUGAACGCUUCCCGAAGCAUUUCGGUGGCGCUUUCUGGAAGAACUACCCUUACUUUCUCCCUUGUCUUGUAACUUCAAGCUAUGUUCUAUUCUCAUUUAUGAUCACUCUAGUCUUCUUCAAAGAAACCGUACUGAAAAGCAAAACAGGCAAAAAAGACAGCUCUGAGGCCAUUGCCGCACACAACGGAAAGGCUUCGCACCAAUAUGACGAACCUCUUCCUCUGCGUCAACUUUUCGUCUAUCCAGUCAUACUCUCCGUCUCCAAUUACGUCGUCCUUGCUUUCUUGAACAUCGCAGUAUGCGCCUUGCUUCCUCUCUUCCUCGCCAUGCCUCUAGACAUCGGAGGGCUCGAUUUCGAUCCGCCGAAGAUUGGCUACAUUAUGGGCUCGUACGGCGCAGGAAGCGCAAUUUUCCAAGCGUUUUACUUUGCACGCAUCGUGCGAUACUUUGGCGAGAGGAAAGUGUACAUCGCGGCUAUUUCCACCAUGAUCCCGGUCUUCCUAUCGUUUCCGAUCAUUAACUUACUUGCGAGGGCGUAUGGACAGCAGUCAGUCCAAGUAUGGACCGUCAUUGUUGUACUCCUUGCGUUGUUGGCGUUCAUGGACAUGGCCUACGGGACCAUUUUCAUGUUCAUCACAUCCUCAGCACCUAACAAGCGCUCCCUAGGGGCAACGAACGGUCUUUCUCAAACGACCGUUUCGAUCGCAAGAGCAAUAGGGCCUGCCUUGUCGACCUCUCUGUUUUCAUUUUCCGUUCAGAAGAAUAUCCUCGGUGGCUAUGGCGUAUAUGCGCUGUUCGCGGUCUUAUCCGUCUUCGCAGUAUUUUUGGCGACCCGACUGCCUUCCAGGGUUUGGGACCACCAGCCAGAAGCUGAUUGA